AUGCCCCCGCACUCGCACAAACAGCGGAAGGGGGCAUCUGAAGGCCUUUUCUCUCUUUCCCAGCUUUCCCCUCGGUUUUGCCCAACCUUCUUCUCCCCUCCAAUCUCCCCCCCCCCCUCCCCCUCCCCCUCCCAGAUUCCUUCAGUCCCCCUCGCGUCCUCCUCCCCCCUCGCCCCCUUCCUGGAUGUUUCCUUCUCCGACUCCCUCUGUGGCGCCUGGGCUCCCUCCUACUCCGCUCUGCACGCCCACAUUCGCCACGCUGCUCAGGCCAAUGCCCCCGCACUCGCACAAACCGCUGCUGCUGCACAUGAUGCUGCUACUGCCGCUGCAGAUGCAAGGGCAGCAGCACAGGAUGCAGCAGCAGCAGCUGCACCAGCACCAGCGGCAGCAGGAACAGCACCAGCAGCAGCAGCAGCAGCUGCAACAGCACCCUCCCCUACCACUCCACACCUCUCACAACCCCCUCCCCUUCCCCCUUCCCCUCCUCCCCCAAUCCAAUACCCCCACCCACGUCUCGAUCCAUCCAUCCGUUUCCUCACAUACGAGUGGCCAGACGAGGCAGGAGGGUUAGGGGAUUUCCUCACGGGCCUUGCCACUGCCUUUGCCUGUGCGCUGCUCUCCCGCCGAGCCUUCCUGGUCCGGCACCCGUACCUCCCGCUGGCCUUUGCGCCGAACCUGGUGGACUGGUCGUGGACCCCGGACGUACCUGUGGAGCCGGCUCGGAAGCUAGCUUUGGAAGAUGGGAAACUGGGAGGUAGCGCAGGAGAGAGUGGGGGAGAUGGAGCGGGAGAGGGAGGGGGUGUGGGGGAAGAGGGGAGGGGAGGAGGGGAGGUGGCAGUGCAGGAGGGGGAGGUGGUGGUGGUUGAUUUCAGAAACCGGUUUGUGGAGCCCGAGGAGGUGUUUGGGAUAAUGGAUAAGGCGCUCAACGUGCGGUUGAAAGCGGAGGAGGUGUUUGGGAUCAUGGAUAAGGCGAUGAACGUGCAGGUGACGUGGAAUAGAGGCCUGCUCACGUACCUCCUCGUUCAGGCAUUUGAGAAGAAGUGGGCGGACAGUCUAAAGGACAUGGGCAUGCGGCCUCCCUUUGCCUUUGGCU